CGCGCGGUGUGUAAAAGAUCCCGGCCUGGGAACAAAGCCUCGCGCCGCCUUUGUUCCGGGCAGCUGGGGUUCCCGCCCCCGCGCCCCCCCAGGCUCUGCAGCGGGGGGCGCGCGCGCGGCCAGAGGAUGCGAUCGCCGCUGCCACCGCCACCGAUGAGGUGCCUGCAAUAACUCAGGAUCCUAUUCAUCAUCCUUGGACCCUCCAGCCCUCAAAACCCGGGACACCUGGGGAGCCUGCAUCCACUCCUGGCUGAUUGAUAAAUGGAGACUCCUCAGCCAGUACGCCCGUGACAGCCCCUCCUCGCAAGCACCCCGCCUGAAACCUCAUUACAGCGGAGCGGGCUUUCUGCGGAGCGCACAGCGUGGGGCCGAGCCGGCAUCUCAACUGCAUCAGCUCGGCGCAGCCAGCCAGCCAGCCAGCGCCCACUGUCGCGGUGCCAGGCGCCCAGUACCAACCGGGGACCAGAAAUACCGCCGUGAGCCGACCCAGCCUGCCCCAGCCCUGGUGGGACUGACAGGCCAGAGGGCUCAGCGGAUAACAAAAGGAGCAAGAGAAGCAAACGUGUCUGUGGAAGGAAGGACCCCGGCACGGCAGGGAGAGAGGCAGGUGUCUGACGGCAGGCGGAGGUGACGAGAGGACAGACUCCCGGGCACGGCCGGGGGGCCUGGACGGAGGGAAGAAGACAGUCUCUUAGGUGGUGCCUCACACAUCAGAUGGAUGGUUUCUAGCCUGCUCCCCAACCCCACCUCGGCCGAGUGUUGGGCGGCCCUCCUGCGCGAUCCCAUGACUCUUGAUAUGGACGCGGUCCUGUCAGACUUUGUUCGGUCCACGGGGGCAGAACCGGGUCUGGCCAGGGACCUGCUGGAAGGCAAGAACUGGGACCUGUCGGCCGCCCUGAGCGACUAUGAGCAGCUCCGGCAGGUGCACACGGCCAACCUCCCGCACGUCUUCAACGAGGGCCGGCCCCCGAAGCCGCCGGAGCGCCCGCCCGCGCAGCCCGGGCACAAGGCGGAGCGCGCCUGCCCGCCGAGACCGGAGGACAGCGCCCAAGAGAAGCGCCUGUCCCGGGGCAUCUCGCACGCCAGCUCCGCCAUCGUGUCGCUGGCGCGGUCCCACGUGGCCAGCGAGUGCAGCAGCGAGCAGUGCCCCCUGGAGAUGCCCAUCUACACCUUCCAGCUGCCGGACCUGAGCGUGUACAGCGAGGACUUCCGCGGCUUCAUCGAGCGCGACCUCAUCGAGCAGGCCACCAUGGUGGCCCUGGAGCAGGCGGGUCGCCUGAACUGGUGGUCCACGGUGUGCACCAGCUGCAAGCGGCUCCUGCCUUUGGCCACGACCGGCGACGGGAACUGCCUCCUGCACGCCGCCUCCCUGGGCAUGUGGGGCUUCCACGACCGCGACCUGGUCCUGCGCAAAGCCCUCUACACCAUGAUGCGGACGGGGGCCGAGCGGGAGGCCCUGAAGCGGAGGUGGCGCUGGCAGCAGACGCAGCAGAACAAGGAGUCAGGGCUGGUGUACACCGAGGACGAGUGGGAGCGGGAGUGGACGGAGCUGCUCAAGCUGGCCUCCAGCGAGCCCCGCACGCACUCCAGCAAGAACGGCGGGGGCUCGGGCGGCGGCGUGGACAACGCCGAGGACCCCGUGUACGAGAGCCUGGAGGAGUUCCACGUCUUCGUCCUGGCCCACAUCCUGCGGAGGCCCAUCGUGGUGGUGGCCGACACGAUGCUGAGGGACUCGGGCGGAGAAGCCUUCGCCCCGAUCCCGUUCGGGGGGAUCUACCUGCCCCUGGAGGUGCCUCCCAACCGUUGCCACUGCUCCCCGCUGGUCCUGGCCUAUGACCAAGCCCACUUCUCCGCCCUGGUGUCCAUGGAGCAGCGGGACCAGCAACGGGAGCAAGCCGUGAUCCCGCUCACGGACUCGGAGCACAAGCUGCUGCCGCUGCACUUCGCGGUGGACCCGGGGAAGGACUGGGAAUGGGGCAAGGACGACGGCGACAACGCGCGGCUGGCGCACCUGAUCCUGUCGCUCGAGGCCAAGCUGAACCUGCUGCACAGCUACAUGAACGUGACGUGGAUCCGGAUCCCCUCGGAGACGCGGGCCCCCCUGGCGCAGCCGGAAUCCCCCACGGCCUCGGCGGGCGAGGACGUGCAGUCCCUGGCCGACUCCCUGGACUCGGACCGCGACUCGGUGUGUAGCAACUCCAACAGCAACAACGGCGGCGGCGGCGGCGGCGGCGGCAAGCACCCCGGCGGCAAGGACAGCAAGGACAAGGACAGCAAGGACAAGGACAGCAAGGACCACAAGGAGAAGACGCGCAAGGACAAGGACAAGGCGCGCGCCGACUCCGUGGCCAACAAGCUGGGCAGCUUCAGCAAGACGCUGGGCAUCAAGCUCAAGAAGAACAUGGGCGGCCUGGGCGGCCUGGUGCACGGCAAGAUGGGCCGCGCGGGCUCCGCCAAUGGCAAGGGCGGCGCAGGCGGAGGCGCAGGCGGAGGCGGAGGCACCGGCGGCACCGGCGGCGGCGGGGACGCAGCGCCCCCCGAGCGCGCCAAGGACCACCGCAAGGCCAAGUCGCGCAAGGGCAGCAAGGAGGAGUCUGGCACAUCUGCCAGCAGCACCUCGCCGUCGGAGAAGACGGCCACGCCGUCGCCCACGGACAAGGACAAGGCGGACAAGGCGGGGCCCCGCAGGGAGGACGCCUGGAAAUACAGCACCGACGUCAAGCUGAGCCUCAACAUCCUGCGCGCCGCCAUGCAGGGCGAGCGCAAGUUCAUCUUCGCCGGCCUGCUGCUCACCAGCCACCGGCACCAGUUCCACGAGGAGAUGAUCGGCUUCUACCUGACGAGCGCGCAGGAGCGCUUCAGCGCCGAGCAGGAGCAGAGGCGCCGCGAGGCCGCCGCCGCCGCCGCCGCCGCCACGGGCGCGCCGCCCACCGCCAAGCGGCCGCCGCCGCCGCCCCGCAGCACCAGCAGCAGCAGCAGCAGCAGCUGCAGGCCCGAGCCCGAGGGCGCGCCCGCGGUCCCCGAGCGCCCGCCCGCCGUCCCCGAGCGCCCUCCGGCCGUCCCCUCGCCAACCACGCAGCUGGUGCUGAAGUUCAAGGAGCGCCCAAGCCCCGGGCCAGCGACGGUUCCAAGGGCCAUGCGCGCGGCGGUGGCCGGCGGCGGCACGGCCUCCCCCGGCCACGGGAGCGCACGGCGCGCCGGUGCCAGCGCCAGCGGAGCCGUCCUCGGGCGCAGCCCCCCGGCGCGCCAGAGCGUCAUCCACGUGCAGGCGCGGGACGAGGCGUGCGCCCCGGCCGUGGGCGCGCUGCGGCCCUGCGCCACGUACCCGCAGCAGAACCGCUCGCUGUCCUCGCAGACCUACAGCCCCGCGCGCUCCCGCGCCUCCCCGGCCUCCGCCGCUUCCCUGCGCACCGUCCACACCGUGGAGUCGCUGGCGCGCGCCGUGCCGGGGGCCCUAGCGUGCGGUGCGGUGGGGACCUCCUCGGGCACAGCAGCGGCCGCGGAGCCCAAAUCGCAGACCUACACCAACGGCUUCGGGGGCACCGCCAGCCUGGAGUUCGCAGACGCCGACGCACCGCCACCGGUCGCGCCGCGCCCGAUCGAAGGGGGUGGCCGAGCCGCCCCCGCCCCGGCCCCCGCCCCCGGGCCGGGCCCGCUGCAGCAGCGGUGCCUGCGGGACAACUGCUCCUUCUACGGGCGCGCCGAGACCGAGCACCUGUGCUCCUACUGCUACCGGGAGGAGCUGCGGCGCCGGCGGCACGAGGCGCGCGGGGGGCCCCGGCCCUGAGCGCGCGCCCCACCCCGCUCCUUGGAGAGGGCAAGGAGGACGCGCGGUCUCCACGCACGCUCUCGCUCUCGGUGUCUUUUUCCUUUUUUACGCGCGCGCCCUGGCCACCCCGGAAGGCCUGGCCGGCGACCCCGCGUGUCAGCAGCAGCGCCGUGUCGGGGUCCCACAGUGCCUCCUGAUGCCCGGACCUCCUCCACAGACCCCACACUCAGGUAGUAAGACGGAUAGGAGACAAGUCAUACCGCCGCCGGCAGCUGUGGGUGCGCGCCUGCUCGCAUCCGCCUCGCCCCGUGGACACACUCACACAGCCAUGGCAACAAGUAUUUUUUUUUGUUCCGGAAUAAAGGACAUGGGCAGCCUUUGUUUUGUUUUGUUUUUUAGAAGGGAGUGUUUUUUUACAUCUUUUAUUUUUUAUGUUUGUUUUUUUUUCCUUUUUUCCUACGUCAGCCACUGACCUCUUCCAUGCAAGUGGCCACGUGUGUGCGCUCUCGGGGGCGAACCCUGGAUAGAUGGAGAAGCCAGGACUGCGCGGUGGCCGCUCCGGCUGGUGGGCGCCACCUGCUUCCCCUCCGUGGGCCCCUGGAGGAGAGAGGGGGCGCUUGGCCUCGCGCCCACGCUCUGGGGGCUCCCCGAGGCCCUCCCUGUAGGCUCUCCAUCUCAUCAGCAAAGACUCCUCCCACAGGGCCGCCCUCCCCGCCCGCCGCUGGAGCACCACUCACACUGCCAUCCGAUGGGCACCGGAGGACAACCUACCUCGCAGGGCGCGCGCGCAUGCUCGCGCGGAGAGGUGUGGCGAUGGAUGGCCCCGGGGGUGGGCAGCUCAGGCAGCGGCAGCACAGCUCCAAAGACUCCUCCUCGGGUCCCCCGAAAGCCAGGCUCCGAACUGCCCAGCUCUGAGCCAAGUCUCCCCCCAAGACUGUCCCGUGGAGGCCGGUGCCCCACGGGGGGAGAGGAGAGGCGGGACAGGGAGCCUCCGGUCACUGUGGAAGUCCCCCACGAGGCUGCUCCGACACCAGGCUGCGCCUCUCUCCCACCCCCACCCCACCCCGCCCGCCUCUGCCUGGGUUCAGCCGGGCACAGGGCAGCCAUGCCUAUGGGAUGGGGUUUGGGGGGGAGGGGUCCCCCUGCCCCUGGCUCCAUACCACAUGGAGGGGGCAGCCCCCUCUCGAAGGGGCCUCUUUUUUUGGUGCCUCCUACAUUUUUUUCUUGAGGAAAAAAAACAAAACAAAAAAAAAAACCAAAAAAAAAAAAUGUGUCCUUAGCUAUAGCUCGUUCUGUGCAGCAAUAGGCAGCCUCCAGCGCCCACGUUUACCUCCGGAGUUUCUCGGCCCUGGCCCAGGCCCCAGCUUCCGCCCUGGUGACCAAGAGAGACGGAGGGGAAGACGGGGACCCUCGCCGCCACCACCACCGCCGGGGAGCGGAGCUCAGGGGAGCCUCUCAGGAGACACUCCCCCCCCCCACCCCGCACCGGGGACCCUCCCGCAGGGGGAGCGCCCCGGGGACCCCCCCGGAAGGGCAGGAGGCAGAUACCAUCUCGCCAUCGGAGCUGGCGUCUCCUGCAGAGAGGACGCUUAUCCCGGACAUAAAAGAGCAGCAAAAAAAAAAAAAAAAAAAAAAAAAAAAAAAAAAAAAAAAAUUAUAUACAUAUAUAUAUACAUACAUGGGAGGGAGGGGAUUAUUUUUUACUUGUUUGAAGAAUUAUAAUAAACUAAUUUGAGUAU